AUGGACGAAGAAGUCGCAGCUUUUUUGUUAAUUUUAGAAACAUAUGAAAAUGAAGAAAGGAGGAAUUUGGCGCACUUAAGGAAUAGUGAGGAUCCAUUUUUAUUGGAGGAAGAAAUAUUUAGAAAAUAUUUUCGUUUUCCAAAAUCGUUGUGUUGGGACCUUAUACAGGAUUUGAAACCUCACGACAAUCGUUUCCGAAAGUCUGCUAUUCCUUUCGAGAUUCGGUUCGUUUCAGUGCUAUAUUUUUUUUCAAAUGGCUCAUACCAAUACUGCAUUGGAAAUAGCCAUUUAUCUGCCAUGAGCCAACCUAGCAUAUCCCGAAGUAUAAGGCAUAUAUGCAAACUUGUGUUGGAACACAAAAAUGUGGAAAUAAGUUUCCCAAAUGCAACAGAGCACUACAACACGAUUAAAAUGGGUUUCCAUAAUAAGUUUGGAAUAAAAGGAGUGAUUGGUGCUAUUGACUGCACCCAUGUUGCUAUAAUUGGACCGUCUUCGUCGUCUAACUUUAUUCCACAUGAAUACAUGAACCGAAAGGGUUACUACAGUAUUAACUUAGAAGCGAUUUGUGACGACAAACUUAUUUUUUGCCAUUUAAAUGCCCGUUUUUCUGGCUCAUGCCAUGACUCUGGCAUUUGGAGAACAUCGCCGGCCAGAAUAGAAUUAUUAAGGGAACAUAAUCCAUAUAAAGGCCAGGAACAUAAUUAA